GCUGCGGGAGGCGGCCGGGCGGCCCCGAGCCUCGCCAGGGCGACCAAAACAAAGGCAGCAUCCGGGGCUGGGUGGAUGCAAACAACCAUGAAAGACUGGGUUCUCGCUCUCCCCGGCUCUGCUGCUGCUACUGCCGCUGCCGCUGCUCCUCCUCCUGCUGCCGCCGCCGGGAGGGCUCCGCUGUGAGGGGAAAGCAGGGGCGCAGCUGCUGGGCGUGAAUCCGAAAGGUGAGAGCGAGAGAGCGAGCGGAGGGGGCGGGCAGGCCACGAAAAUGUCCUCGACCGUGGGGCCCCGCGGUCCUCGCCCACCCACGGUGCCUCCCCCCAUGCAAGAGCUGCCCGACCUGAGCCACCUGACCGAGGAAGAGAGGAACAUUAUCAUGGCAGUGAUGGACCGGCAGAAGGAAGAGGAGGAAAAAGAAGAAGCCAUGCUCAAGUGUGUUGUCAGGGACAUGGCGAAGCCUGCUGUCUGCAAAACACCAAGAAAUGCUGAAAACCAGCCCCAACAACCUCCACCGAGAUUGCAUCAACAGUUUGAAAGCUACAAGGAACAAGUUAAAAAAAUAGGCGAAGAAGCGCGGCGUUACCAGGGCGAGCACAAAGAUGAUGCUCCAACUUGUGGAAUUUGCCAUAAGACAAAGUUUGCCGAUGGGUGCGGCCACCUCUGCUCCUACUGCCGCACCAAGUUCUGCGCGCGCUGUGGAGGCCGCGUAUCUCUGCGGUCGAACAACGAGGACAAAGUGGUUAUGUGGGUAUGCAAUUUAUGUCGAAAGCAACAAGAAAUCUUAACCAAAUCUGGGGCGUGGUUCUUUGGAAGUGGACCUCAGCAGCCUAGUCAGGAUGGAACCUUGAGUGAUACAGCUACAGGUGCUGGUUCUGAGGUACCAAGAGAAAAGAAAGCACGACUCCAAGAGCGAUCGAGGUCUCAGACUCCUCUGAGCACAGCAGCUGCCUCCUCCCUGGACACUGCUCCUCCCAGUGCACCACCAGACAGGAGCAAAGGGGCUGAGCCCUCACAACAAGCCAUUGGGCCGGAACAGAAGCAGGCUUCAUCCAGGUCUAGAAGUGAACCUCCAAGAGAGAGGAAAAAGGCUCCAGGGCUUUCUGAGCAGAAUGGCAAAGGAGCCCUGAAGAGCGAGCGGAAACGCGUGCCAAAGACCUCUGUGCAGCCAGGGGAGGGGGCUGCGGAAGAAAGGGAGCGGAAAGAAAGGCGGGAAAGCCGAAGGCUUGAGAAAGGGAGAUCACAGGACUACCCCGACGUGCCAGAAAAACGAGAGGAUGGCAAAGCGGCCGAGGAUGAAAAGCAAAGGAAAGAAGAGGAAUACCAGACUAGGUACCGCAGCGACCCGAACCUGGCGCGGUACCCAGUGAAAGCGCCUCCCGAGGAGCAGCAGAUGCGCAUGCACGCCCGGGUGUCCCGCGCGAGGCACGAGCGGCGCCACAGCGACGUGGCGCUCCCCCGCACCGAGGCGGGAGCCGCGCUGCCGGAGAACAAGGUCGGCAAGCGAGCGCCGGCCGCCGCCAGGGCCUCACCGCCGGACUCGCCCCGGGCUUACUCGGCCGAGAGGACUGCGGAGGCCAGGGCGCCAGGGGCCAAGCCGCCAACGAACCACAGCCCGCCGGCGCCCAGGCAUGGGCCGGUCCCCGCAGAAGCCCCGGAGCUCAAAGCCCAGGAGCCCCUCAGGAAGCAGAGCCGCCUGGACCCCAGCUCAGCCGUGCUCAUCAGGAAGGCCAAGCGCGAGAAGGUGGAGACCAUGCUGCGGAACGACUCCCUGAGCUCGGACCAGUCUGAGUCGGUGCGGCCUUCGCCGCCCAAGCCGCACCGGUCCAAGAGGGGCGGCAAGAAGCGGCAGAUGUCAGUGAGCAGCUCAGAGGAAGAAGGCGUGUCCACGCCCGAGUACACCAGCUGCGAGGACGUAGAGCUAGAGAGCGAGAGCGUCAGCGAGAAAGGUGACUUGGAUUAUUACUGGUUGGAUCCUGCCACGUGGCACAGCCGGGAAACAUCACCCAUUAGUUCGCAUCCUGUAACGUGGCAACCAUCUAAAGAGGGGGACCGAUUAAUUGGACGUGUUAUUCUUAACAAAAGAACAACCAUGCCCAAAGAAUCAGGUGCAUUACUGGGUCUGAAAGUUGUUGGAGGAAAAAUGACUGACUUAGGACGCCUUGGUGCUUUCAUCACCAAAGUAAAGAAGGGUAGCCUGGCAGAUGUGGUUGGCCACCUGAGAGCAGGGGAUGAAGUUCUAGAAUGGAAUGGUAAACCCCUGCCGGGAGCUACAAAUGAAGAAGUUUACAACAUUAUUUUAGAAUCAAAAUCAGAACCUCAAGUUGAAAUUAUUGUUUCAAGGCCUAUUGGUGACAUUCCCCGGAUUCCUGAGAGCUCCCAUCCUCCACUGGAGUCCAGUUCAAGUUCCUUUGAAUCUCAAAAGAUGGAAAGGCCUUCCAUUUCUGUUAUUUCUCCAACAAGUCCUGGAGCUCUGAAAGAUGCCCCACAAGUCUUACCAGGGCAACUUUCUGUGAAGCUGUGGUAUGAUAAAGUGGGACACCAGCUGAUUGUAAAUGUUCUGCAAGCAACAGACCUACCCUCUAGAGUAGAUGGGCGUCCCAGAAAUCCUUAUGUAAAAAUGUAUUUUCUUCCAGAUAGAAGUGAUAAAAGUAAAAGGAGGACCAAAACAGUAAAGAAAGUACUAGAACCAAAAUGGAAUCAAACUUUUGUCUAUUCACAUGUACAUCGUAGAGAUUUUAGAGAGCGAAUGUUAGAAAUAACUGUGUGGGAUCAACCAAGAGUGCAAGAAGAAGAAAGUGAAUUUCUUGGAGAGAUCCUCAUAGAAUUGGAGACAGCACUUUUAGAUGACGAGCCACAUUGGUAUAAACUUCAGACACACGAUGAAUCUUCACUACCUCUGCCUCAGCCAUCACCUUUCAUGCCAAGGCGACACAUUCAUGGAGAAAGCUCUAGCAAAAAGCUUCAAAGAUCUCAGCGAAUCAGUGAUAGUGACAUCUCAGAUUAUGAGGUUGAUGAUGGUAUUGGAGUAGUUCCUCCAGUGGGUUAUAGGUCUAGUGCUAGAGAAAGUAAAUCAACAACAUUAACUGUGCCAGAACAGCAAAGAACAACUCAUCACCGCUCACGUUCAGUAUCUCCUCAUCGCGGCGAUGAUCAGGGAAGGCCGCGUUCACGUUUACCAAAUGUGCCAUUACAGAGGAGCUUAGAUGAAAUUCAUCCAACAAGAAGAUCACGCUCUCCAACCAGACACCAUGAUGCCUCCCGAAGUCCAGCUGAUCACAGAUCCAGAGAUGUGGAUAGUCAGUAUUUAUCAGAACAAGACAGUGAGCUUCUUAUGCUGCCCAGAGCAAAACGAGGACGAAGUGCAGAAUGCCUACAUACUACCAGACAUCUUGGUAAGCACUGUAAAACAUUACCACCCAAGAUGCCUUUAUUACAGAACGGCUCUCACUGGGAUAUCUACAGUGAACUGCAGCCCUCCCUUGACAGGGCUAGGAGUGCUAGUACCAACUGCUUGAGACCAGAUACUAGUUUGCAUUCACCAGAACGAGAAAGGGGUAGAUGGUCCCCCUCCCUAGAUAGGAGACGACCUCCUAGCCCCAGGAUUCAAAUCCAGCAUGCAUCUCCGGAGAAUGACAGGCACUCCAGAAAGUCUGAAAGAUCUAGCAUCCAAAAACAGACUAGGAAAGGCACUGCCUCUGAUGCAGAAAGAAUGCAUCGACAAGGAAGUCCAACCCAGUCUCCUCCCGCAGACACAUCCUUCAGCAGCCGCAGGGGAAGACAGCUCCCUCAGGUGCCAGUGAGAAGCGGCAGUAUAGAACAAGAACAAGAAAAAUAUAACUCUUCCACCAAAGCAAGCUUAGUAGUGGAGGAGCGAACAAGACAGAUGAAAAUGAAAGUCCAUCGAUUUAAGCAGACAACAGGGUCUGGUUCUAGUCAAGAACUUGAUCGCGAGCAAUAUUCCAAGUAUAACAUACAUAAAGAUCAGUACAGAAGCUGUGAUAACGUCUCUGCCAAAUCAUCAGAUAGUGAUGUCAGUGAUGUGUCCGCCAUUUCCCGAACCAGCAGUGCCUCACGCCUCAGCAGCACAAGCUUUAUGUCAGAGCAAUCUGAGCGCCCCAGAGGUAGAAUCAGUUCAUUUACCCCCAAAAUGCAAGGCAGACGGAUGGGGACUUCAGGAAGAGCCAUCACGAAGAGCACCAGUGUAAGUGGAGAGAUGUACACACUGGAGCAUAAUGACGGCAGCCAGUCAGACACAGCUGUGGGAACUGUUGGAGCAGGUGGGAAGAAGAGGAGAUCCAGCCUGAGUGCCAUUGUUGCCAUAGUGUCUCGGAGAAGUAGAAGCACAUCUCAACUCAGCCAAACAGAGUCGGGCCACAAGAAGUUAAAAAGUACCAUUCAGAGAAGCACAGAAACAGGAAUGGCAGCAGAAAUGAGGAAGAUGGUGAGACAGCCCAGUCGUGAGUCCACUGAUGGAAGCAUCAACAGUUACAGCUCGGAGGGAAAUUUAAUAUUUCCUGGAGUGCGACUAGGAGCUGACAGUCAGUUCAGCGAUUUUCUUGAUGGACUGGGACCAGCCCAGCUUGUUGGCCGCCAAACCCUUGCCACCCCUGCAAUGGGUGAUAUACAAAUUGGAAUGGAGGAUAAAAAGGGCCAAUUAGAAGUUGAAGUUAUUAGAGCACGAAGUCUGACGCAAAAACCUGGCUCCAAAUCUACACCUGCACCAUAUGUGAAAGUUUAUCUUUUGGAAAAUGGAGCCUGUAUAGCCAAGAAGAAGACAAGAAUUGCACGGAAAACACUUGAUCCUUUGUAUCAGCAGUCCCUGGUUUUUGAUGAAAGUCCACAGGGUAAAGUUCUUCAGGUGAUUGUCUGGGGAGACUAUGGCAGAAUGGACCAUAAAUGUUUCAUGGGUGUGGCUCAAAUCUUGUUGGAAGAACUCGAUCUCUCCAGCAUGGUCAUCGGAUGGUACAAAUUGUUCCCACCUUCAUCACUGGUGGAUCCCACAGUCACUCCUCUAACCCGCCGGGCUUCCCAAUCAUCUCUGGAAAGUUCAACUGGGCCUCCCUGCAUUCGAUCAUAGUGAACUCAUACCAGAGUCAUUCCAAUAAAACUCUACCUUUCAGGAUAAUAAUCUGAACCAGAUAUUUCAUGAUCAAAAGCAUUGUUGGAGACAGACAAUCAACUUGUGUUUUGCUUGUAGUAGUUUUUCAGUAAUAUGUCCCAAUCGUUGUUUCAAACAUGGCUUCAUAUGACAGAACAAGGCAAUCUAUCAAAUUACAGUGAGAAUCAACGUGCUAGUGAGAGUCACUGAUGCUUCUAACAAACAGAAAAAGAGGAAAUUUCAAGUUCACAAACACACACGCACAUGCACACACACCAAAUUGAAUAAACUGGAAACUCUCACUCUGUGAAAAUUUGUAUUUUACACAUUUCUACACAGACCACAUGCAGUGUUAUUUCCCUGGUGUUUAAGAAGGUUUUUGUUCUUUUGUAUGUUUUGGUUAUUUGUGUGUUGUUUGUUGGUGUUGGGUUUCUUGAGUUUUCAUUUUGCUUUGUCCUCACUGUUUUUAUUAUUUCCACUAGUUUUUUGACUAUAUCCUAAUAGGCUCUGUGAUGCUAACAGAGACCCUUCCUUUCUUUUUCCAAAAGUAUCCAAAAAAAGGGCUGAAGCAGUCUCUGUAGCAUCUCCCCAAAGUUUUCAAGAGAUAGAUGAGAUGAGGCCAAUUAAGUGUUUCAUUGACCUUAAUUUUAUAAUUCUUCAAAGUCUUAUGUGUGGAAACCCAAAAGAAAAAGUUAUCUUCCAGAAUAAAUAAUCACAGAAUUAAUUUUUAAAUGAGGAACAUAUCUGUUUGCAUUCCAGAAAAUUAAUUUGCAUUUUCCAUUGUUUUGCAUGGAAAACUUUUAAGUCAAUCUGCAGCUAAUGCUGGGGACUAAAACUUAUCACAUAAUUGUACUUUGAAAAUACUCCUUGUAAUGCCUUUUUCUUCCUGAUAUCAAAAGAAAAUAUGCUUAUGUGUACAAAGCAUACUUUUGACUUCCCAGAAAGGUGACUAGGAAUAGACUUGAGCCUAAGACACUGUCAGCUACACCCAGGCUUCUCAGCCAUGCCUCAGUGUAGACACCUUCAUCUACCCUGGAAGGAGCACGGUAUGAGCUGUUCAAUAUGCCACUGGAAAUUCCAGUUGAAAUAUUCUGCACUAAACUAAUGUUUUUAUUGAAUUUUAGUUUACAUUUCUUUGAGGUCGAUGCAAGCACAAAGCUUGAUUUUUUAAUGCAAAGUAUCUUACUUUUUUGGGAGAAAAUAAAACAAAGUCAAACUUCAAUUUGCAUUUCCUUCAUUUGAGUUUUUCUUGGCCUUGACUUUCCUUUGUGACAUUCUGUAUAUGUGCUACAAACUGCAGACUCUGCAGGUGCAUAGAUAUGUUCUCCCUCCUUUUAUGAGUCAUUCAAUUUUGUGAUUACACAAAUAGAGCAGCAUGACUUGGAACUGUUCAAAGCUGCAUGCGUGUUUUGUAAAAAAAAAAAAAAAGAAAAAGAAAAAAAAAAAGAAAAGAAACAAAA